GCACCUGGGAGCAGAGAUGGAUAAGAUACUGGAAGCUGUGGUGAUGUCUUCAUACCCCAACAACGUGAAGCAAGGGCUUGUGAGGCGCGUCAUUGAGGCAGCAAAGCAGCCCAUGGACAGUGAACAGUGCUGGUCCAUGCUCGAGCUGUCAACCAAGCUUUUUCUUACUGGAGACACCAAGUACAAAAGAGAGAUUGGGAAAGAGGUUUUGGAAGUCUACGGCCACUACCACCCAGAGGAGUUUGAGGAGUUCUUCAAUGUCCGCUUCCUGUUGAGUCUCCUCCAGGAAGGUUAUGGGCCUCUGGGAAAAAGAAGUCAUUAUGUGCUAGAUUACAUCCAGUUAGGACUGCAGUUUGUCCUGGAAAGCCCAUCAGCAAACAGCAUUUUCAACUUACUGAGGAUCGAAGUACUCCGGAAAGUCUGCGAGAGGCCCAGCCCCAAGCAAUGCGCUAAAAUCAGCAAACUCUUAACCCAGCAUCCUCAGUGCAUUCCCACGGGCAAACACCAGAUCUUGUUCUGCCAGCAGCUGAUACGGUGCAUCGGGCAGUUCCAGUGCAUCUCCGAAGGGGAAGACGACAUCAUGGAGUUUUUGGAGCAGGUCAACAAAGUGAGCGGUCUGCUGCAGAGGAUCUGGAGGGCUCAGACUUCAGCCAUCCUGCCCUCUUUGAAGGAGCUGUUCACUAUCAUUUCGUCAACAGAGGAGCAGGAAGCACCAUCAAAUGCCUUGGCCAGCGUGGUCCAGUUUGUCCCUCUGGAGCUUAUGGAUGGUGUCAUAAGAAACCUAACCAACGAUGACAGCAUCACUGAUGUGCAAAUGAUGACAGCCAUUAGUAGGAUGAUUGACUGGGUAUCCUGGCCCCUGGGAAAGAACAUAGACAAGUGGAUCAUUGCCCUGCUGAAGGGUUUGGCUGCCGUGAAAAAGUUCAGCAUCUUGAUCGAAGUGACUCUUUCAAAAAUUGAAAAGGUCUUCUCCAAGCUGCUGUACCCCAUCGUGCGAGAGGGGGCUUUGUCCGUGCUCCAGUACAUGCUGCUGAGUUUCCAGCACUCCCAUGAAGCGUUCCACUUGCUGCUCCCUCACAUUCCCAGGCUGGUGGCCUCUCUGAAGAAGGAGGACUCCAACUCUGCCACCAGCUCCCUGGAGCAGCUGGCUGAGCUCAUCCACUGUAUGUUCUUCCGCUUCUCUGGAUUUCCAGAUCUCUACGAACCAGUCCUAGAAGCAGUUAAAGCUCUUCCGAUUCCAAAUGAAGACCGGAUUAAGCACCUCUUGGGACAGAACGCUUGGACCUCCCAGAAGAACGAGCUGGCUUGCUUCUACCCACGCCUGGCUUCCAAAUCUGAGACAGGAAAGAUUGGGUUAAUUAACUUGGGAAACACCUGCUACAUGAACAGCAUCAUACAGUCUCUUUUCAUGGCUUCGGACUUCAGGCAUUCGGUGUUGAAUUUAGCAGAGGGCAACUCCCAGCCCCUGAUGACAAAGCUCCAGUGGCUCUUUGCGUUUUUGGAGCACAGUCAGCGACCUGCCAUCUCACCUGAAAGUUUCCUCUCUGCCUCUUGGCCGCCUUGGUUUACCCCUGGCGCUCAGCAGGAUUGCUCAGAGUAUCUCAAGUACUUGCUGGACAGAUUACAUGAAGAAGAAAAAACUGGAAAAAGGAUCUACCAAAAACUCAAAGAAUCUAGCUUCAUGUCUCAGGCCAUCGAGCAGCAUUAUUUAAACAAGACGUUAAUUGAGAAGAUGUUUGGGGGUAAAAUGAUUACAAAAAUACGCUGCUUGAAGUGUCUGAAUGUCUCCUCUCGAGAAGAAGCCUUCACAGACCUGUCCCUGGCGUUCCCUCCACCAGACAGACAUGUGCUUAGCACAGGGAGUGCAUCUGUUUUACCAGUGGAAGAAAUCGGCCCACAGUUUAUUGAACCUCCUGGAACCUCCAGUCAAAUAAUGGGAUCGCCCUGGAUCAAGAGGAAGCCUCAUGUGUCUGGGGACCAUGCAGCCAACAUCGUGCCGGUGGAAACCCUGGGUUUCCAGGAGCCAGGAAACCAGGCCACUUCCUUAAACAGCAACGCUGUUGGCACGGAUUCAGCCAAGGACCCCCUCUUGGCUUUUGGGGAGCAGACAUGCAGUCCCAAGGACUCCAGAUCUGUACCAGAUUUGAUCAAUUAUUUCCUGUCCCCGGAAAAACUGACAGCAGAGAAUAAAUAUCAUUGUGAGAAAUGUGCUUCCCUGCAGGAUGCUGAGAAAGUGGCUGAGCUGACGGAGGGGCCGCACUACCUCAUCCUCACCCUGCUGCGAUUCUCCUUUGACCCAAGGACCAUGAGGAGGAAGAAGAUCUUGGAUAACGUUUCCAUUCCUUUGGUGCUGAAGCUCCCUGUUCUUGUUGCCCCAGAAGAAAGCGAGGAUGUUUGGCAACGCAGGAAGGACAGAGCUGCACCGGGCAGCAGUUUUGUGUCUGUCAUCUACGACCUCUGCAGCGUGGUGGUGCACUCAGGGAUCUCCUCUGAGAGUGGCCACUACUAUUGCUACUCCAGAGAGUGCAGUGACACCAUUGCCCAUGGGCAGCCUCGAGACGGGGCACAGGAACCCGCCUCUGACAAGCACCGUCCCCAUGGAGAACCCUCCCUCAACAAGGACUUGAUGGAAGCCAUUUCCAAAGACAACAUCCUCUACCUGCAGGAGCAGGAAAAAGAAGCGAGGAACAGAGCUGCCUACAUUUCUGCCUUGCCGAAAUCCCCUCUGUGGUGGAGAGACUUUGACAGGGACAAGGAUGACGACAGCUCAUCGGGGGGCUGCAGCCCCGCUGCUGGGGGAGGAGGAUCCGGCUCCUUUCAUGGACUCGUCUUUUAGGGAUCAG